GCUGGCAAUACAGCUAAGGGAAAGGAAGGGAGACAGAGGCAGAUAAAGCUGCAAGCACUGAAUAAGCCAGAGCCUCAACAAACCAAAGGAGGAGGGUAUUUAAAGUAGCACACCGACAAGUGAGAUUAAUUGCAGCAGUAAAUGUAAUACAGGGAAUUCAAUAUAAGACCUCAGCAGACCUUAUAUCAACUUAAAGACUCACAUCAGAAAAAAAGGAGAAGCAAGCACUUACAGUUCAGAAGAGAACUAGCAGCAAAACAUGAAUGUAGAGAAGAAGUGAACAAAGCAAGGGCGAAUGCAAGCACUGGAACUACUAGAACCGAAGUCUGCAAGGAAAGCAGAACUUGCUGAUUUUGAAGGCAGAAUGAACUGGAUCAAAGAGCAGCUACUGCAGAGAGUGAGGUGCCCAGAGAAUGCAGAAAAAAGCAGGAGUAUGGAGCAGUGAACAAUCUCAAGAGACACAACGCUGUUGCCAAUAGCAUAAAAGAGAGAUUCAGCUUUACUAGCAAAUGUGUCUGUAACCAUAACCAGCUCUAGACCAGCCCACAAAAUAACACUUACAGAGCAAUUCAUCUUAACCCAAUAAGGACAGAUCCUAACCAGUGUCUAUCUUGCACACACGGAGAAAGCUGUGGGUGAAUGAGCAGUUUACGGCACAGUGAGUGACCACAGAGGAUCCACAGAAAAGUCCAACGUGGCAGUCCGCAGUCUGUUUCCCAAGUACUCUGACCAACAGGGAAUAUCAUUCAAGGCUAGGCUCUUGGGAAGAACAAACAUUGAGAGAAUUCAUUUAGGAUGGAGGCACGAUUUGGGCUGUCCCUGCUUCGUUUGACUUUGCUGAUUAUUUUGCGAUUUGGCAAGGCAGAAGCUGCACAAAAAGGAAGCAAUAAUGGUGAGGUGCUGCCAGAGUCCCUACCAUCGGCCCCAGGAACCCUGCCUCACUUUCUAAUGGAGCCGGAGGAUGCCUAUAUUAUCAAAAGCAAUCCUAUCCAUCUGCGAUGUAGAGCUAUGCCAGCUAUGCAGAUCUUCUUUAAAUGUAAUGGAGAAUGGGUACAUCAAAAUGAGCAUGUGUCCGAGGAAAGUGUUGAUGAAGCUACAGGUCUUAAAAUUCGUGAGGUCUACAUUAAUGUAACCAGACAGCAAGUGGAGGAUUUCCAUGGAUCAGAAGAUUAUUGGUGCCAGUGUGUCGCCUGGAGCAACUUGGGCACAUCAAAGAGCAGAAGGGCAUUUGUGCGUAUAGCAUACCUGAGAAAAAAUUUUGAACAAGAUCCAAAAGGAAAAGAGGUUCUCAUUGAUACUAUGAUUGUCUUGCACUGCCGACCACCAGAGGGAAUACCAACAGCAGAGGUGGAAUGGCUUAAGAAUGAAGAGCCUAUUGACACCCUAAUGGAUGAAAACAUUGACACAAGAGCCAGUCACAACCUAAUCAUACGGCAGGCUCGCCUCUCAGAUUCUGGCAACUACACCUGCCUAGCAACCAAUAUUGUCGCUAAGAGAAGAAGCACAUCAGCCACAGUGGUUGUUUUUGUGCAUGGAGGUUGGUCUUCUUGGGCAGAAUGGUCGCCAUGUAAUGUGCGCUGUGGAAAAGGAUUUCAGAAGCGUUCCAGGACUUGCACCAACCCUGCACCCCUGAAUGGUGGCACUUUCUGUGAUGGUCCAUCAGUGCAGAAGAUAACGUGUAAUGCUUUAUGUCCUGUGGAUGGCAAUUGGGAUGUGUGGAGUGAAUGGUCAGUCUGCAGUCCAGAAUGUGAGCAACAACGUGAUAGGAAGUGCACUGCUCCUGCACCAACUAACGGAGGGAAACCAUGUGAAGGGCUCAGCCAGGAGUCAGAAAACUGCACCGAGGGAUUGUGCAUCCAAGAGAAAAAACCUCUUCAUGAAAUUAGACCACAAAGUGCCGAGAAUGCAAGUGACAUUGCCCUGUACUCUGGUCUGGGAGCAGCCAUCAUCGCCGUUGCUGUGCUGGUGGUAGGGAUUACUUUGUACAGAAGGAGCCAGAGCGAGUAUGGCGUGGAUGUUAUUGAUUCGUCUGCCUUGACAGGAGGCUUUCAGACCUUCAAUUUCAAAACUGUCCGACAAGGUAACUCUCUCCUCCUGAACUCAUCUCUCCAGCCUGAUCUAACAGUGAGCAGAACCUAUAGUGGCCCAAUCUGCUUUCAAGAUCCAAUGGACAAAGAUUUGAUGACAGAGUCUUCAAUAUUUAACCCUCUUACAGACAUUAAGGUGAAAGUUCAGAGUUCCUUCAUGGUGUCUCUGGGAGUGACUGAAAGGCCUGAUUUCCAAGGAAAGACCAUUUCUGGGUCAUUUCCUCAUGGUAAUAACAGGUGUUUUGGGACGCUGCAUAGCAGGAACAAACUUCCCUACAUCCAGAAUCUCUCAUCUAUUUCAUCCAAGCCAGAAAUGAGAGUCAGUGGACAUUUUGGCCAUCAAGGAGGACGCUUAGUGAUGCCAAGUACAGGGGUGAGCCUGUUGAUCCCACACAAAGCUAUAGCAGAAGACAACUCAUGGGAAAUAUUUCUCACAGUCAAUCAAGGGGAACCAAGCUUGCCGUUGGAAGGAGCAGAGGUUCUUCUGGGACCCGAGGUUACUUGUGGACCACUUGAUAUCACCUUGUCCACUCCAGUUGCCUUGACAAUUCCGCACUGUGCUGAGGUCAGCUGUGAACACUGGAAUAUCCGCUUAAAAAGAAAAUCCCAACAGGGAAAAUGGGAGGAAAUCAUGUCCACGGAUGAUGAAACAACAUCCUUUUAUUGCCUUUUGGACCCAUUUUCCUGCCAUAUUCUGUUGGACAGCUUUGGGACUUAUGCUUUGGUUGGGGAACCACUGACAGAUUGUGCAGUGAAAGAACUCAAGGUGGCCGUUUUUGGCUGUAUGUCCUGCAACUCUUUGGAUUACAACCUUAGGGUUUACUGCAUAGACAACACUCCUUGUGCAUUCCAGGAGGUUCUUUCAAAUGAAAGACAUCAAGGUGGACAAUUGCUGGAAGAACCAAAGUUGCUUCAUUUCAAGGGGAACACAUUCAGCAUUCAAAUUUCUGUUCUUGACAUCCCUCCUUUCCUCUGGAGGAUAAAGCCCUUUACUGCAUGCCAGGAGGUCCCCUUCUCCCGCGUUUGGUGCAGUAACCAGCAACCACUGCACUGUGCCUUUUCUCUGGAGCGCUACACACCUGCUACAACUCAGCUAUCCUGCAAGAUCUGUGUACGGCAGGUAAAAGGACAUGAGUUGAUUCUUCAGGUUCAAACAUCUAUUCUGGAGAAUGAACGAGAAACUAUAGCUUUCUUUGCUCCAGAGGACAGCAAUUUCCCUGCACAUAAUGGUCCGAAAGCCUUCAAGAUUCCGCACUCCAUCAGGCAGAGGAUAUGUGCAACGUUUGACACACCCAACUCCAAAGGAAAGGACUGGCAGCUGUUAGCGCAGAAGUUGUCCAUAAACAGGAAUUUGAGCUACUUUGCUACUAAAACCAGUCCAUCUGCUGUGAUCUUGGACCUAUGGGAAGCUCGAUACCCCUUUGAUGGAAACCUGGAUUCACUGGCCUGUGCACUGGAGGAAAUUGGAAGGACACAAAACAAACUGUCACUUGUCACAGAGACUCAUGCAGAGGAUCCAGAUUUCAGCUACAGUCGACAAAAUGGCCUUUGAGAACUCACAUAUACCAUGGCUAGUUGAAGCCAGUGUUUAAAUAUGGAUUGUAACCCUUCUCAAAGGGUACUGAGGGGCAGGAGUAUUUAAGGCAAUGCCAUUUACACGUUCCCCACGUCAGAGAACAGAUAAGGCCUUAUCAGUUUUAAAGCCAAAUGAUCUCAAGAUGCUUUGCUCUUUGAAUGAACUUUAGGACAUUCAUUAAAGGAACCUUACUUGUGCAAAAAGGUUUUUUUUAAAAAAAGCCAUUAGAAAUAGAGGGAGUUUAGAAGUAGAUAUUUCAGAAGAAAAGAAUGAGCCUUGUGAUUAUAGAAGACAUAUCAAAUGAACAUGGUCUUUUAUUAAUCAGCUGAAGGUCAGGGAGGAAAACAACGUAAUUACUGUAAAAAAAAAACAUGGUACAUUGUAUAGAACCUUCUAUAGCCCCCUUCUAUGUACAGCUUCCCCAAGCUGCUUUGCCUUAGAGAAUGUAGAAUGCAGUAGCUUACACCUGAGUGAAUACCAGGCAUUGCUAUCUUGUGUGGUCUCUACAACAUGUUUUUGACUCAAGCUGCCAUAAUAAGUUAGUGAACCCAGCUUGCUAGAAUGAGUGAGCUGUAUAACUCAUUCCACUAGGGUAUCUACCAGCCCAUCUUUCUAGUAGACCUUAUUAUGCUGCGCAAUGUUGGCGCUCUAAAAAUACAAGUUAAUAAUUAUGCUCAUUUAACUCAACGUCUCAAUGAGCGAGUCAUAAAUGUCUGUUGAGGGUAUGAGUAAAACUCUAAAACUCUAUAACAUCAGUUCUCCACCUGUGAUCCCAGGAUCCCUUUUUAUUGUUGGAACAACACAGGAGUCUGUGUAACAGAAAUCCUCACCAGUUUCAGAAAAAGCUAAUAUUU